CUUGGCUCUCGAAACAGCUAAGGAAGGAGAAGUCAGGCUCCGUCCACUGGUCUGCACAAAAAAGGGAAAACUUUAUCCACAGCAUGAGCACAGCGGGGAAAAUAAGAAAACUAAGGCUUUGUGGAGGUUACAUGACUUGGUCUGAUCAAUGUGGGAAGACAAUACUGAGAUUUCUGCUACUUUAGGCAAACACCACCACAAUACUCUUAUCUCCUGAAUUUACAUUUUCUCUGGCUGUCUCCCAUGCCUUGAACUCUCCUCAUCUCUACCUCCUGGUUUCCCUGGCAUCCUUCAAGUCCCAGCUGGAGUCCUACCCUCUACACAGGACCUUUCCUCAUCCCUCUCUGAUUUUCUAUUUCACUCUGUUGACAUCUCCAGUUUAUUUUGUAUAUAUCUUGUUUGCACAAAGUUAUUGGCAUGGUGUCUCUUCCAUUAGACUGUGACUUCCUUGAGAGAACGGACUCUUUUCUGCUUCUCUUCCUAUCUCAAGUGCACAGUGCCUGGUAUAUGGUCAUCAAAUGCAAAGCAGCUGUCCUUUGGGAGAUCAACAAGCCCCUUUCCAUUGAGGAAGUGGAAGUUGCCCCACCCCAGGCCAAUGAAGUCCGAAUUAAGAUUGUGUCAACAGGAAUCUGCCGCUCGGAUGACCAUGUGAUAAAUGGAUCAUUAGUUUACCCUACCCCAAUAAUCCUGGGGCAUGAGGCCGCAGGGAUUGUGGAGAGCAUUGGAGAAGGAGUGACUUCUGUAAAACCAGGUGACAAAGUCAUCCCACUUUUUACUCCACAGUGUAAGCAAUGCAAAGCUUGUAAGCACCCAGUUGCCAACUUAUGCUCUGCAAAUGACCUGACUUCCUCUAAAGGCACCUUGAGGAAUGGAGCCAUCAGAUUUACCUGCCGAGGGAAGCCAAUUCAUCAUUUCCUUGGCACAAGCACCUUCACUGAGUACACAGUGGUAGAUGAAAUCUCAGUUGUAAAGAUUGAUCCAGCCUCUCCCCUGGAAAAAGUUUGCCUAAUUGGCUGCGGAUUUACUACUGGUUAUGGUUCUGCAGUAAAAGUUGCCAAGGUCACCCCUGGCUCUACUUGUGUGGUCUUUGGCCUGGGAGGCGUUGGCUUGUCAGUGAUCAUUGGCUGCAAGUCAGCUGGAGCUUCCCGGAUCAUUGGGGUGGACAUUAACAAGGAAAAAUUUUCAAAGGCCAAAGAGGUGGGUGCUACUGAAUGCAUUAACCCUCUGGACUACCAAAAACCCAUCGAAGAUGUUCUGGUUGAAAUGACCAAGAAUGGCGUUGAUUUUUCAUUUGAAGUCAUUGGACGUCUGGAUACAAUGACAGCUGCCCUUCAAUCUUGCAAUAAUGCUUAUGGAGUUUCUGUCAUUGUGGGUGUCCCUCCUAAUGCCCAAAAUCUGUCAGUCAACCCUAUGCUACUUUUGACCGGGCGCACCUGGAAAGGAGCUAUUUUUGGAGGUUUUAAAAGCAAAGAUGAUAUUCCCAAGCUUGUCUCUGAUGUUAUAGCCAAGAAAUUUAAACUGGACCCAUUAAUAACAAAUGUUUCUAGUUUAGAUAAGAUCAAUGAAGGAUUUGACAUGCUGCGCUCAGGAAAGAGCAUUCGCACUGUUCUGAUAAUGUGAGACCAAUCACAGAGCCCCAUCUGGAAGCCUCUUUUUGUUCCAUUUUGCCAGCAUUCUAUUUACUACUGCAGAGUAGCAGAGCAUCAAUAAAAGCUUUCAGUAAUUUAAUCAGCAGGUUGACUGAUGGACGCCUGCACCAAACAGAUUAGUGAUUGAGAUGAAAGAUUUUUAAGACAGUGUCUCAAAAUCAUGUUAGAGUGAAAGGAAAUGACAAAAGCCAACUAGGAGGUGGAUAGAAGGGCAUACUUUUCAGUUUGAUCACUGUUAAGUAUUGGAUAUUAGACAACCACCAACUUUCAGUCAAGGGGCAAGGAACCAUCAUUAUCCAUGCUCCUUCCUCCAUAAUGGGACAUUAUGCUUCCAGCUUCCUGCCUCUCAGUCUUUUCCCUUUUUCUUCUCAGCAAAUGUUUGGGGAUCCAUUCAGAAGAUUUCAGUACAUAAAAUAUAACUUGUUGAAUGAAAA